AGUGGUUGGGGAGAGAGGAGCGCGGGAGGGGGCGGUUCCCGUUCUAUCGCGUAGCCGGAUGUUUGCCGAGCUUUGACAGGCGUGGCAGAGGGAGCCGUGCCCGACCACGGUUUCUCUUCAGGUUCUGUGGAGUGAAGCUGUGGGGGACAGGCCUGGUCAUGGACCCGCUUUCGGAGUUGCAGGAUGACCUGACCUUGGAUGACACCAGCCAGGCCCUGAACCAGCUGAAGCUAGCCUCCAUUGAUGAGAAGAACUGGCCAUCGGACGAAAUGCCUGACUUUCCCAAGUCAGAUGACUCCAAAAGCAGUUCCCCGGAACCUGUUACUCACCUGAAGUGGGAUGACCCUUACUACGACAUUGCCCGGCACCAGAUUGUGGAGGUGGCAGGAGAUGACAAGUAUGGGCGGAAGAUCAUUGUGUUUAGUGCCUGCCGAAUGCCCCCGAGCCACCAGCUGGACCACAGCAAACUCCUGGGGUACCUGAAGCGCACGCUGGACCAGUACGUGGAGAGCGACUACACGCUGCUCUACCUGCACCACGGCCUGACCAGUGACAACAAGCCCUCCCUCAGCUGGCUCCGGGAUGCCUACCGCGAGUUUGACCGCAAGUACAAGAAGAAUAUUAAGGCCCUGUACAUCGUGCACCCCACCAUGUUCAUCAAGACCCUGCUUAUCCUCUUUAAGCCCAUCAUUAGCUUCAAAUUUGGGCAGAAGAUCUUCUAUGUGAACUACCUGAGCGAGCUGAGCGAGCAUGUGAAGCUGGAGCAACUGGGGAUCCCUCGCCAAGUGCUCAAGUAUGAUGACUUCCUCAAAUCCACACAGAAGAGCCCUGCCACGGCCCCCAAGCCCAUGCCGCCACGGCCCCCUCUGCCCAACCAGCAGUUCGGGGUCUCGCUGCAGCACCUCCAGGAGAAGAACCCAGAGCAGGAGCCCGUUCCGCUUGUGCUCCGGGAGACCGUUGCCUACCUGCAGGCCCACGCUCUCACCACUGAGGGGAUUUUCCGGAGGUCAGCCAACACCCAAGUCGUACGGGAAGUACAGCAGAAGUACAACAUGGGGCUGCCAGUGGACUUCGACCAGUACAAUGAUUUGCACCUGCCAGCUGUCAUCCUCAAGACCUUCCUCCGGGAGCUUCCUGAGCCCCUGCUCACCUUUGACCUCUACCCCCACGUUGUGGGCUUCCUCAACAUUGAUGAGAGCCAGAGAGUGGAAGCGACGCUGCAGGUGCUCCGGACGCUGCCUGAGGAGAGCUACCAGGUGCUUCGUUUCCUCACUGCCUUCCUGGUGCAGAUUUCUGCCCACUGUGACCAGAACAAGAUGACCAACACUAACCUGGCUGUUGUCUUUGGCCCUAACCUGCUGUGGGCCAAGGAUGCUGCCAUCACCCUCAAGGCCAUUAAUCCCAUCAACACGUUCACCAAGUUCCUUCUGGAUCACCAAGGGGAGUUGUUCCCCAGCCCUGACUCCAGGGGGCUCUGAGCCCUGCCCUGCUGCCCCUUCUCGGAGAGCCCCAACUGGGACUCUUCCUCCUGGCUUCAGCCUUAUCGGAGCUUGGGGCUCCUGCCCAGCAAGGGGCUGUGAGCCCCUGCGGGCUGGAAGCUGGGGCCAGCCAGCCGGGCAGCUCUUCCUCCCCUUCUGUCCAGCCCGCCUCGCCAGCCCUGGAGUCCUCGCUAUAACCACGAGACGUUUUUCUUCGCCUUAUACUUCUCACUGCCUCCUUGGAUCCCUGGCUCCUUGCCAGGCUCUGCAGAGCUGGCCUUGGCUCUUCCAGUGGGGAAAAAGACUGGCCCCAGCAGCUGCUUCCCCACUUUCCCCUGCCUCUCUUUUCCUGGCAACUGCAGAUGCCUCUGUCAUGCCAGCUGGGCUGGUAGCUGGGGCUGGUCCCCUUCCUGGCUGCUGGGGGGUAAGCAGCUGAGCUGGGCUGGCUUGGGCCCGCCCUACCAACGCACCUCCCCGCCUCGGUGAAGGCCUGUGCGCAAAGCAUCUGCUCCUGUCCUCCCCUCUGAAGGUUCAGCCUUGGGUGUUGACACAGCUA